AUGUCCGAAUUUUUUUUUCUUUUGGUAGCACAAGCAAUAUUCUACCCAUUUGGCUCAGCAGCAGGAGACACAAUAAAUGCUGCUGUUGAUGAUGGGAGCUCCUCAGUUAUUCCGCUGUCAAAUCCAUUUCUGUUCUUUGGCCGCACAUACCAGCAGAUUUAUGUUAAUAAUAAUGGAUACCUCACAUUUAACCAGCCUUCAUCACAAUUUGUCCCCUACUCAUUCCCCGCUAGCAGAAGCCAAGAUGUAAUUGCUGGUCUCUGGACUGAUCUUGAUAACCGUCUGAGAGGUGUAGUUUCAUAUCAACAGUACACCAGUGGAAAUGUUCUCACACGGGCCACUCAGGAUAUAAACACACAUUUCUCAAAUCUGUACUUAAAUUCUUCUUGGGUCUUUGUUGCAACAUGGAAUAAAGUCGCUUACUUCAACUUAAACAACACAGAAACAUCGUUUCAAGUGGUUUUAAUUUCAGGCCGUAAUUUUUCAUUUAUUCUGAUGAAUUAUGGUGACAUUGCUGUAACAGGACAUCCAGUGCAGGCUGGUUAUGACACGAUAAACUCCACACACUACUUUGUGAUUCCUGGAUCAAUCAAUGGCAGCUUCGUCUCAAACCUCAGGAACUCCAGUAAUGUUAAUGUUCCCGGUCAGUGGGCCUUCAGGGUGGACGGUGGACCAGGAAACAGCAAAAGUAAAAACAAUGUCGUUGGAUUACGAGUGAGACUUUCCUCAUUUAUGGACUUGACACAGAAUGGCAGCACUGAAAUAGUUUUACAGCAAAUCAAGCAGGAGCUGGUCAAAUACGGUCUGCCAAACAGCAUCGAACUGAAGUUAAGAAAACUGCAAAAGGCAAAGCCGUAAUUUCAUCUUCUUUCAGGAAAAGAAGUAAAACCAGUUUGUUUAGCAUCUGACAACAAAUGUCACUGACAACUGAUGAUGUAAUAGCUUCAGUUUUUCAUUAAGGUAGUUUAAUAUAAAGGAUUACAAAGGACUCUAACCAGCAUAAAAGUACAAUAGAACAGGUCCAAUGGAUUGGUAUUAGUCAUGUGUGUGUCAAAUGUCAGCUUCAUAAGU